AUGACUGAUCAUCUGUGUACAAACAUCCUGGGAGCGGUUGAUACUUUGCCUCUGUUCAAAAAAGCUCAUCCAGGUCUUGAAAAAUAUUCACAGGAACAUUUGGUUGGUCUGUUUGUGAAACAGACUUACUCUGCUCACAAUGCUCUCAGUGAUGUUAAAAGUUUACAGAAAUUGUGUACUACUGUAGGUGUGUCUAAUCAGCAAAUGUCUGAGCAUAGUUGUUCGCUAAAUUCUGCCCUUGAUAUAUUUAGGUACAAAAAGGAAAAUCAGCAGAAUAUUGCCACCCUAGUUGAGUUAAAAGAAAACAAAGUUUUAUCAAAAGGUUUGGCUGACAGAAUUGGGGGAAGUGGAUUAUGCUUAGCCCACCUGAAAUUGGCAGUUCAGCGCUCCAAACUAACAGGACUGUCUAAUUUGCUUUGUGAACCUUUUCAUGGCAAACCUAGAGUUACCAAAAAUACAAAAAUUAUAGAAAAAUUGUACAACUAUCUGAAAGAACAGUAA